AUGUUUCGUUCUACUGCUCCUCCUUCUGCUACUCCACAUUCUGCUGUUCCUCCUCUUGCUGCUCCUUUCGCUUCUGCUCCUCAUUCUGCUGCUUCUCACGCUGCUGCUCCUCCUCCUACUACUGCUCCUCUUCCUGCUGUUCCUCCUCGUGCUUCUCCUCCACCUGCUGUUCCUCCUCUUGCUGCUCCUCCUUCUGCUUAUCCUCUUGCUGCUCCUCCUUCUGCUUAUCCUCUUGCUGCUCCUCAUUCUGCUGCUCCUCCCUGCCGCUACUUGUCUAAGAGGAGCAGCGGCAGGUGGAGCAGAAGGAGGAGGAGCAGCGCAAUGAGGAGCAGCAAGAGGAGGAGGAUCAAGAGGAGGAGCAGUAGAAUGAGGAGCAGCAAGAAGAGGAGCAGCAGGAGGAGGGGAGGAGAAGAAAGUGGAAGAGCAGCAAGAGGAGGAGCAGCAGAAGGAGGAGCAGCAGGCGGAAUAACAACAGGGAGAGGAGGAGCAGCAGCAAGAGGAAGUGUUAGGUGUGUGUGUGAUUAA